AUGUCAUCGCGAGCGCGUACGUGGGCGAAGCGCUCACUGCGCGUAGUGGCCAUCACGACAGGAUUGAUCGGUGGGCUGUACAUGUUUGCGCAGUAUGCGCUCGCUCGCUUCAACGAUAUGCAGGAGCGCCUGCUUCGUGAUCGCGUAGCGCGCGAGAACCUGCGCCGCCGAUUCCUGCAGAACCAGGAGGAUUGCAACUUUACUAUCAUGGCUCUGUUGCCUACAUUAGCGACUCAAAUAUUUGAGGAGAUGGAUGUUGAAUCCAUUAGCCAUGCUCUGCGUGAGCAAAAUAAGAAGCCCGAGCCGGCAGCACCACCUGCCGUAUCAGAGCAGACGGGGCCAAAGCCAGAGAUCGUACCUGACCAACCAGCUUCUGACGAAGAAAAGGCGUCAGCUGCGACACAUCCUCAGUCUACGGAUAUGCCACAAGAGCCCUCCCACGGCGAAAACCUCGCGACUGACGCGCCCCCUGAACCUGUCUCCGCCGAGGCCGAACCGACUGUUCCCGUGAACGAAGAGGAGCGGCGGGCGACCAAGCUGCGUUUGUGGAAUGAAAUUAAGCACACAUCGUUCGAACGUACAUUUACCACACUAUACACGCUGGUGUUCCUAUCGCUGCAGAUCCACGUCCAGCUCAAUUUACUAGGCCGCCGCUCCUACAUGACCGCACUCGAACAGCAGUCCAAGCGCGACGCAUUGGGAAAGACGCAGCAGGAUGGAAAUUAUGUGGAAGAGCCGCACUACAUCGAGCUGCAUGGCGAUGGAACGGACGAUACGGUCCGAGGCGAUGCAAGCGCCGAUGAACGACUCUCGCAAGAUACAGAGAAAAAGUACCUCACAUCCAGCUACUGGUUUCUGCAUCGUGGCUGGCGCGAAGUAGCCGCAUAUGUGCGUCGUGCCGUGCACGAAGAGGUGGACGGUAUGCCCCUCAAGACGAUGCUUACCUUCAGCCACUUCGAGGCGUUGGUAGAACGGAUACGUGAUCGUGUGGAAAGGUGCGCUGAUAACACUGGCGUGGUAUGGGCUGCACCAAAUGGCUUCCGUGGUAUCCUCCUGCCCGAGUCGGAGCGUGACGAAAUGCAAAUGCUGCAGGAUGCCGGUGCCCUGGAGUCAGAGAACCCGGCCAUGACACCAUCUCUGCGCGCGCUUCUCGAUGAGACCAAAGACUACAUCGACUCACCAGACUUUGCGUCUGUAUUCGCUGCCUCAUGCCAUCAGGUCUUUUCGCUCUUUCUCCAUCACAUCGCUUCGUCUUAUGGCGUGCGUGCGAGUGAAGUCCGACGCACCGACAAGCCGCUAUUGCUGGCCAAAGUCCUGCCUCUCGUUUCUCAGCAAGCACAAGUUGCACUCAAUGCUACACCGAACGAUUAUGUCACCGCCAUCGUGGAAGGCCGCGAACUGCGCGCACUGAGUGUGCUCAUGUACACGGCCUGGGACGAAGGGCUGGGAUGGUAG